GGCGAUUCACUCUCGCGCCAAAGAGGAACCAGUAACCUCAGGACUCCAUAGAAUGGAGCAAGAAUGAGAGGAAAAAGGCAGACAGAAAAGCAUGAACUGGAGGUUUGUUGAGUUCCUCUACUUCCUGUUUAUAUGGGACCAUAUAAUAGUACAGCCCUCCCACCAGGAACCAGCUGUUACCAACCAACAUGUCUCCAAGGAAUUUGAUUGGCUUAUUUCAGACAGGGGGCCUUUCCACCACUCGCGGAGCUACUUAUCCUUUGUGGAAAGACAUCGUCAAGGAUUUACAACCAGAUAUAAAAUAUACAGGGAGUUUGCCCGUUGGAAGGUGAGGAACACAGCCAUCGAACGGAGGGACCUGGUCCGCAAUCCAGUGCCCCUGAUGCCUGAAUUCCAGAGGAGCAUCCGCUUGCUGGGCAGGAGACCCACCACGCAACAGUUCAUUGAUACCAUCAUCAAAAAGUACGGCACCCACAUCCUCAUCUCUGCCACCCUGGGAGGGGAGGAGGCCUUGACCAUGUACAUGGACAAAAGCCGGCUUGACAGGAAGUCUGGAAACGCUACCCAAAGCGUUGAGGCCCUGCACCAGCUUGCUUCCUCCUACUUCGUAGACCGUGAUGGCACCAUGAGGAGACUCCAUGAGAUCCAGAUCUCUACCGGAGCAAUCAAGGUAACAGAAACUCGGACUGGCCCCCUGGGCUGUAACAGCUACGACAAUCUGGACUCUGUGAGUUCUGUCCUUCUGCAAAGCACUGAGAGCAAACUCCACCUGCAAGGUCUCCAGAUCAUCUUCCCUCAGUAUUUACAAGAGAAAUUUGUCCAGUCUGCGCUGAGUUACAUCAUGUGCAAUGGAGAGGGGGAGUAUGUGUGUCAGAACAGCCAGUGCAGCUGCCAGUGUGCUGAAGAAUUCCCGCAAUGCAACUGUCCCAUCACUGACAUUCAGAUCAUGGAGUACACGCUGGCAAACAUGGGCAAGUCCUGGACGGAAGCUUAUAAAGAUCUGGAGAAUUCAGAUGAGUUUAAAUCCUUCAUGAAAAGGCUACCUAACAACCACUUCCUGACCAUCGGGAGCAUCCACCAGCACUGGGGCAAUGACUGGGACCUUCAGACCCGAUACAAACUCCUGCAGAGCUCCAUGGAAGCCCAACGGCAGAAGAUCCAGCGCACUGCCCGCAAACUCUUUGGCCUCAGUGUCCGGUGCCGGCACAACCCUAACCACCAGCUGCCUAGAGAAAGGACAAUACAACAGUGGCUUACCCGGGUUCAAUCCCUGCUUUACUGCAACGAGAAUGGGUUCUGGGGGACCUUUCUGGAGAGCCAACGGAGCUGCGUGUGCCAUGGCAGCACCAGCCUGUGCCAGCGCCCCAUCCCGUGCAUUAUUGGGGGCAACAACAGCUGCGCCAUGUGUAGUCUGGCCAAUAUCUCCCUCUGCGGCUCGUGCAACAAGGGCUACAAGCUGUACCGGGGCCGCUGCGAGCCGCAGAACGUGGACUCGGAGCGCAGCGAGCAGUUCAUCAGCUUUGAGACAGACUUGGAUUUCCAGGAUCUGGAGCUAAAGUAUUUGCUGCAGAAAAUGGACUCGCGCCUCUACGUGCACACCACCUUCAUCAGCAACGAGAUCCGCCUGGACACCUUCUUCGACCCCAGGUGGCGCAAGCGCAUGUCCCUCACCCUGAAGAGCAACAAGAACCGGAUGGACUUUAUCCACAUGGUGAUUGGCAUCUCCAUGCGCAUAUGUCAGAUGCGCAAUAGCAGCCUGGACCCUAUGUUCUUUGUCUACGUCAACCCCUUCAGCGGGAGCCACUCUGAGGGCUGGAACAUGCCCUUUGGGGAGUUCGGCUACCCGCGCUGGGAGAAAAUCCGCCUCCAGAACAGCCAGUGCUACAACUGGACCUUGCUGCUGGGCAACCGUUGGAAAACCUUUUUUGAGACUGUCCACAUCUACCUACGCAGCCGGACUCGGCUGCCCUCCCUGCUGCGCAAUGAGACUGGCCAAGGGCCCGUGGACCUUUCUGACCCCAGCAAGCGUCAGUUCUACAUCAAGAUCUCUGACGUGCAGGUGUACGGCUACAGCCUGCGUUUUAACGCCGACCUGCUGCGCAGUGCUGUGCAGCAGGUCAACCAGUCAUAUACCCAAGGUGGGCAGUUCUAUUCCUCGUCCUCCGUCAUGCUCUUGCUGCUAGACAUUCGGGACCGAAUCAACAGACUGGCACCCCCUGUGGCACCGGGUAAGCCGCAGCUGGAUCUGUUCUCUUGUAUGCUCAAGCACCGCCUGAAACUGACCAACAGCGAGAUCAUCCGCGUGAACCAUGCACUAGACCUGUACAACACCGAGAUCCUCAAACAGUCGGACCAGAUGACAGCCAAACUCUGCUAACCCAGACUCUUCUGUGGACACAUCAGUAACUGAUCCUUUCGUUGUAUAAAAAAAUGAAAAGAAAAAGGAAACAAGGAAAGGGGAAAGAAAAGAAAAGAAAAUUUUUAAAAUGUAAUUAAUAUACAAAAAAAAUGGGGGGGGGGGGAAAGAAAAUUCUUCAUUUGUUGGAAACUAAACCCGUUCUAGCAGCUGUAUAAAACUGUCAGGCAUGUUUGUUAUUUCUAUAAUCCAUCAUAAAUGGGUCACAUCUUACUCUCUCUCGACCUUGAGGGUGUUGCUUGUUAGGACUCAGGUGCUGCAAAAAUAAAUCAGAGGGAGGAUCAGAGCUAGGGGGAGGGACAUUUCCGUAAUGAAUUGUAAAGAUUUCUGCUAUGCAGGUGCCAAGACAAACAAACAAACCAACAAAGAAUUAUAUAUCAAUGUAAAAGAACUGCCAUUAUUCCUAGUGGGAGUAAAUGGUCAAAAGAUAAAAGAUAUUUCUUCUGUUGAGAUUUAUACCAGCCUGAUGUUUAAUUAUUCACCCCUCCUGUGAUGAACUUUGUCUCUGGAAGGGAGGUGAUGGCAGUCCUUUGAGAUAAUAUCCAUGGCUUGCACACACAAGGAGAAGUGAAGGAUUACAUUUUCCAAAGAGACUAGGAAGUUAGAGUGGCCUCCAUCUUUCAGUGCCCAACUGGAAACAUCUUCCCAGUGAGCCGACGGUCAGCACUUUCUGAAAAUCAGCCCCUUUGAA